UCUCUCUCUCUCUCUCACACACACUCACACACACACUCUCACAAACCCACUCUCUCAUUCACUCACUCACUCACUCACUAUCUCUCUCUUUCUCUCUCUCUCUCUCUCUCACACACACACACACACACACACACACACACACUGUGUCGCUGGUAUUAGUGAGUAGUGAGGAGCUGCGGGUCGGCAGCAGCAGGAGGAGGAAGCGCUGCUGCUGGUGGUGGAAUGAGAGAGGAGCGGAGCGGACUGAGAGAUGAGUGUGACCUAAACUGCGACUGCAGAGACGAGAGGAUGGAGCCGGAGAGCCGAGGGCAGCCGUGGGGGAAGCUGGUCAGGGUGGGAGCAUCUCCACAGACUGAACUAACACUACUGCUCACCAACCGAGAAUGCACUAUCGGCAGGAGGAAAGGUUGUGAUCUGUCCUUUCCUGCUAAUAAGCUGGUCUCAGGCGAUCACUGCAAAAUCACACAGGAUCAAACCUCAGGACAGGUGUGGCUCGAGGACAUGAGCACUAACGGCACAGUAAUUAACAUGUCCAAACUGGUGAAGAAACAGAGCCACCUGCUGCAGAACGGAGACGUCAUCUACUUUGUGUACAGGAAGAGUGAACCAGAGCAAAAUAUAGCUUAUGUGUAUCAGGCCAUUUGUCCCAGUCAGACUGAUUCUCAGGAUUCUGAUGAUGCUGUGAGGAAAAGCUGUGCUGCUGAAAUGGAUCAUAUUGAUACGGAUGUGGAUCCCGCUCCAGUGGAGCCCGUUACCCUACCGUGUCUUCCCCAGGAGAAAUCACUCCGGCCUGGGUACGAGGACCAGCCCGGCCCCUCCAGCUCCAGCGCUCAUCUCUACCCAACGUCAUACACACACACCAUCACUACCACUGGUUAUGGUGAUAUGACUCUACUGGAGCCGCCGGUGGUCCGGCCGAAAGUUGGAGACUGCAGCCCCGGAGCCUCAAAAACCCUCACACUGAAACAAACCAGAGAGCUGCUGGAGGACCCGGGGCCCGAGAGGAAACGACAGAAAACAGGUGACUCCUCUAUAGCGCCCCCUGCUAAAUCAGUGAAGGACAGCAGGGAAGGAGAGAAAACGGAUAAGAUGGAGGAGUCGCUCACCUGCAUCAUCUGCCAGGACUUACUGCACGACUGCGUCAGCCUGCAGCCCUGCAUGCACACGUUCUGUGCGGCGUGUUAUUCAGGCUGGAUGGAGCGCUCGUCUCUCUGCCCCACCUGUCGCUGUCCGGUGGAGAGAAUCCGGAAGAACCACAUCCUCAACAACCUGGUGGAGGCGUACCUGCUGCAGCACCCAGAGAAGUGUCGUAGUGAGGAGGAUCUGCGCAGUAUGGAUGCUCGUAAUAAGAUAACUCAGGACAUGCUGCAGCCCAAGGUGGAUCGUUCCUUCUCUGAUGAAGAGGGAAGCUCUGAUUACCUGUUUGAACUCUCCGACAACGACAGCGACACGUCCGACAUGAGUCAACCCUACUUGAUGUGCCGGCAGUGUCCAGGGUACCGAAAGGACUUUAGCCCCGCCCCCUGGAUAUGUGGCACAGCUCAGGAGGAGGGGUCAGUGAAAGCACCAGGAGACGGCCCCUCUACAUCCACAGACACCUGUGCAGCUCCUCAGGAGUUCAGGUGUCCUCCUCAGGGGGCUCACCUGAUGUGUACCUGCUGUCUGCAGCCCAUGCCGGACCGCCGCUCGGAGCACAUCGGCUCUCAGAGUUCCCCUCAACACUGUAUGGUGUGCCAGAGGCCGUUCUGCCACCUGUACUGGGGUUGCCAGCGAAUCGGCUGUCAGGGUUGCCUGGCGCGCUUCACAGAGCUGAACCUCACCAAUAAAUGUCUGGAUGGAGUCCUCAACAAUAACAAUUACGAGUCUGAAAUCCUGCAGAAUUAUUUAACUUCCAGAGGAAAGACCUGGAGGGACCUUCUACAAGAAUCGCUCCAGGCUGCACAGCAAGGCCUUUUCCAUCUCUCUGAUUAUCGUAUCAAUGCUAACUCCUUGCUGUGUUACUGCUGCGGGCUUCGCAACUUCAAAGAGCUCGCCUACAAAUACAGAGAGAACAUUCCUGCUUCUGAACUACCAGCUGCUGUGACCUCCAGACCCGACUGCUACUGGGGAAGAAACUGCCGCACACAGGUCAAAGCUCACCACGCGAUGAAAUUCAACCACAUAUGUGAGCAGACGCGCUUUAAAAACUGAUGCGUCGGAGGUCUGGCCCAUCUGGAGUGUGUGGAGCACAAGAUGGGUGUAUCUCUUUCUGAUCUCUUCUGGAUCUCUGGAUUAUUAUAACCUAGAUAAUUAAUAUAGAUCUUUUUACAUAUGCAAAAUCAAUCACUCUGAUAUUAAGUGGCUCAUAUUUGGCCAGACGGACAGAUGUCAGUAUGUAUGGAUACGUUAUCUGAAGCUGCACUUUUCCUCAUUCCAUUGUUGUCGGUUCAGGUUGUAGGAAAUCGUCUGUUUUUUUACGUGGUAAAGUCGGAUGAAAUGGGCAAUCAGAACUACAGUCUUCUGUACUGUAGCCUCAGCAGUGCCGGUUACUGUCCAGACGUAACACGGAUGAACCUUGUGCCUAAUAAUAAAACUAAUGAUAAUAAUAAAUAGUAAUCUGAAUAUACUGUACACUUAUCUUUUCAUUAAAUAAAUAGCUGCACUCAGAAAGUGUGGGAAGUGUGGGGUUGUAAUGCUAUUCAGAAGGAAGAUAAAAGUUACCAGGAGCUAUAAAUAAUGCAAAAUUAAUACAAUUAUUGAGUUAAAAAGGUCCAUCAACCAAGCAACCAGUGACUCUACCUUUUCUGAACUCUGAACACACACUUCAACAGGUGUCUUAAGAGCUUUAAACCCUUGAAGACACUUGAAGAUACUACCGUAUUUCCAUACAUAAGGCGUACCGGAUUAUUAAGAGCAUAAUGUGACACUAGUAAGGAACAGGGGUGUCGCCAUGUUUUCCUUCUAACACAACAGGUCUCUCCUCUGGGUGGUGGUGGAGGUGGGGUACUAACUCGGAGGAAAGCACAGCGGCUAGGUUCCGAUACAUCAGCUCACAGUUGCCCUGUGCUGCGGACAUCACCCUAGGAGUGAUGUGGGGAGAGAGCGCCAUCUACUGUACCCACCCGCAGGGAGCAGGGCCAAUUUUGCUCCCUCUGAGCGCCGGCAGCUUGAUGGCAAAGCUGCAUGAGCUGGGGUUCGAACCUGCGACCUCCCGCUCAUAGUGGCAGCGCUUUAUAUCGCAGUGGGGUAGUAACUUAAUUAAGUAAAUCUAAGCUAAGCUAAGCUAAGCUAAGUAAACAAAACUGUAAUUCUUGAAAAAGAAAAAAAAAACUUUUUCUUUAAAAAAAAAAAAAGUAAAACGAGAGCUGGAUGUUAAUCUACACAUAUUUCUCUCCUAAAAACUGUUUAUUUGGGUGAUUUUAAAGCUCUUAAAAGCUUAUAUUUCUAUAUUUACCCUAAGGCUGGGUGCAGCAGCAUUAGCUGCAAGCUACAGCGAAAGAGCUGGCACUAAGCGCGGUUAGCGGCUAAUGCUAAUGCUUCUCCAGCAGUGCUAGUCAGGGUUAGCAGCAGGCUACAGGCUGAUAAUACUCACCUCUGGACGGUGAAAAUUCUAGCGUUUUUUUGCGUGGUCAGCGGCUAAUGCUAAUACCGCUCCAGUCUCGGUGCUGGAGAACUAAACUGAAACUCCUGUAUACUUCUGUAAAAAAAAAAAAAAAAGGAUUUUUUUUUUUUUUUAAUUGUUAAAAAUACAAUAUACACUAUAUUACCACAGUUUAAUGUGUAGUAGUAUCAAUGUUUUAAGGCCAAAAAUCACUAAUAGUUCAUCUCAGUAGAUAGCUAUAUAGCUAACUCUUAAAUGGUGCAUCUUAUAAAAAAAAUCUUAUAAAAUUAAAAUUAAAAGAGUUAAAAAGACAAGCUAAUUUUAGCUCCCCAUCACAGAGGAAUUAAGAAAUGGACAAUAAUAAUUAAUUGUUGCACCAUUUGUAUUUUUCUAAAGACAGGUGAUAAAAGCCCUCAAGUUCACGAGAUAGGUAAUCAGCAGCAGCAGUUAGGUUGCUGAACUUUAGCUAAAGCUCCACUGCUAUAUCCAUAUAUCUAUAUCUUUAUUUAUAUCGGGUGCUUGAAGAGUUGUCCUAAUUCUUUUAUUCUAUUAUUUCUCUUCUAAUUCUAAUGUUCUAAAAGGGAAGGUUUACACAUUAAAUCCAAGAGUUCCAAUAGAAAAAUGCGAUUAGGCUUAAUUGUUGAAUCAUUUAUUGUUCGUAUUGUUUGUGUGUUUAUUUGAUCUUCCUUUUGAAUAGCAUUUACAAUCCAACACUUCAUUCUAGGUGCACCUUUAUGUUUAAUACUGAGUGUAGUAUGAUUAUUAUACAGUAUAUUUUGCUUUUAUAGCUUGCAAUCUUAAUUUAGUGCUUCCUGUAUCACCUGUAUUUACCUGUGUUUACCUGUACAGCGCAAUCUCUCGAAUCCACGCUUACAUCUUUAAUUUAAACGCUUAUUUCUUGCCGUGUGCAAAUUAUAUGCUCAUAAUAAUAAUCUCUCCUAUGCAUAAGUAAAAUGUAAUAAUCAGUGGGAGUAAACCUGGCAAUGCACUAAAAUACUACUACUGCACAUUACUGAGGAGCUCAAUCACUUGCUGCUUAUUUUUCUGCUUUCUGAGGAGUUUUGGAAGUUUUUUGGAGUUUUAUAGUUAGUUUUCGUGAUGUUAUACACAUUAUUUUCUAUAGGUAACUAUAGGUAUGACUGUGGGUUGGGCGUGUCUGUAGGUGUGCAUCCAUAUAAUAGUUGCAGAUUAUAGAUUUUAGCGUACUAAAAGGGAAACUGAAAUGUUGAGGCGUUUGAUAUGAGUGACGGUUGCAUGUUGAUUUUGAUUCGCAGGAGAUAAUCAACUCUUUAACACUCAGAAUCAAUUGGAUUUGUAGUUAUUAUAGAGUUAAAAUAACUUUUUCUGGUGUGUUUCAGCUUAAUGCUAGCUUGUUCACUAUUUUUAGAAAUAUACAAAUAUAUAGAAAAAGAGGUGAAUCGUCUAAUCGAGAAUAUAUGAGGCUUCAACAUCUGAUCGUUUAAUUCUGGUAUAUGGCUGCGUUCACAUUACAUACAAAAAAUCCGGUUUUGUUUUUGUUUUUUUGCUUAAAUCAGUGACACAAAUCAGUUUUUUUUUUUCAUGGCUGUGAAAAUAAAUCUGAUUUGAGUCUCUUCCAAAUCCGAAUCACACAGAAUCAGUUGAAUUUGUAGGUAUUUGAGGCUUCAGCAUCUGCUCGUUUAAUUCUGGUAUAUGGCUGCGUUCACAUUACAUGUGAAAAAUCCAGUUUUGUUUUCUGUUUCUUUGCUUAAAUUAGUGACACAAAUCAGUUUUUUUUUUUCAAAGCUGUGAAACCAAAUCAGAUUUGAGUCUCUUCCUAAUCCGAUAUUUAGUUUAGGCUGUUCACACUGUAUCGCUUUAAUGCGAUUCAUAUCUAACCGAUAACUGUUUGAAAGGUUCACGUUUACGAUUCGAAGUUAAAAUACGUUAAAAUAACUUUUCUGGUGUUUUUCAGCUUAAUCCUAGCUUGUUCACUAUAUUUAGAAAUUUAAAAAUAUGUACAAAAACGAGGUGUAUCUGAAUAUAAAGUGCCUGAGGCUUCAGCAUCUGCUCGCUUAAUUCUGGUACAUGGCUACGUUCACAUUACAUGGAAAAAAUCUUUUUUUUGGGGGGUUUCUUUGCUUAAAAGACCAACUCUUACUACUUUUAGUGUAGUAAAACAGGAUAAAAAAAAAUUACUAACCUUUGAUGAAUAGCCCACCACCGCUCUCCCACAGCUUUCUGAGAUACAGUUAUUUUGUGCUUUUUGCCAAGCACUCUUUGCAACGGCCGUAUCAGGGCAUAUUUUGCCCUGAUAAAUCGAUUUUUACACCGUUAUUCAGCUCAAAGUAGCUCCACACCUCCUUGGUAGAAUCAGGAGAGCCCUGACAUUUAAAACGAGGCAUUAAUAACUUAAGAAGUGCCUAAGAAGCUUAUUAAAAAGCACUGUUUACAUCCUAAAACACUAGCAUUAGCUCAGAGCACCGCCAUUACUGUACUGAUAAUGACAUAUACAUAUAUACAUAGUCUGCAUACCCUGCCUCCUGGCGUAGCCGGCUGCUAUGCCAAGAAACAGGCUAUGUGGAGUCUAUGUGUAUAUGUCUGACAUUAUCAGUACAGUGAUGGUGGCGCCUGGGAAUUUACCUGCGUUAUGAGCUGUAAACAGUGGUUUUUAAUAAGCUUCUUCUGCACUUUUUAAGUUAUUAAUGCCUCGUUUUAAAUGUCAGGGCUCUCCUGAUUCUACCAAGGAGGUGUGGAGCUACUUUGAGCUGAAUAACGGUGUAAAAAUCGAUUUAUCAGGGAAAAUAUGCCCUGAUAAGGCCGUUGUAAAAAGUGCUGGGCAAAAAGCACAAAAUCCCUGGAUCUCAGAAAGCUGUAGGAGAGUGGAGGUGGGCUAUUUAACAAAAUGUAGUUCUCUUUAUCAUGUUUUACUACAACAAAAGAUUUGACAAUUUUACACAGGGGUUCUCCUUUAAAUAUCAGUGUACACAACUGCAUACAAUGUGUGCUCAGGUUACAGGCACAUAUUGAUCACUUGCAUUAAAGAUCCAGCGAAAUCUGAUCGGAGCAAAAAAAUCUGAAUUGAUUUAAUGCGGCUUGUAAUGUGAACACAGCUUAAAAAAAAGUGAAUUCUGUGUCAAAUGGGUUUUUGUUCGUUUUCUGUGUUCAGGGAUAGCACACUUGUUAAAGUAAAGGUGUUUCAGCUAUAGAACCACUUUGGAUUGGUUUCUAUUGUAAAGAUGCUUCUUUAUGGAACCGAAAUUGGUUCUUUUUUUUGGCAUUUCUCAUAUAGAAACCCUUAUUUCUAGAAGUGUAGAUGAAGCUUAGAUGGAAAAAUGGUGGGAAAUUCUUCUUUUAGAACAUGAGCCAAACCUGAUCUAAUGAUAAGGCUGAUUUAAAAACAAGUAAAAACUCGAGUUAAAGCUGCAGGUCAUUGAUUGUUCAGAUGACUGUGCUAGCUAAUUGCUAAUGGCUACUAGAGCUAUUAGUAUACAUGGCUAUUAUUAUUAUUAUGAUUAUUCUUUCAUUUGUAGAUUUUUUUUUAUUUUUAAGUGUUUACUAACACAAUGUGCCAACUAUUCCACUUUAUAUAUUACUUUAAGCUCUUUUUUUUUAUUGUGUUCUUGAUUGUGGGGGAACUGGUUUGUAGUGUGAACAGGUGUGAACUGGGUCAGUCACUCUAAUUCAGUUUAUCUCGAAAGGGGCGUGUCUAGUUCUACCUCAUGGAAGCUGGUGCAGGGGGUUCUCCGGAGAACGGUUCUGCGCUGUGUGUGUGUUGAGUGUGUGUGUGUUGAGUACCGGGAGGCGUAUAGACUAGCACUGUUAGCGUGGUGGAUGCCUUUAGAGCUUGUAGUGCCUCUCUGUAUUAGCGAUGCUAAAAAAAAUUAACUAAUACGCUGUAGAAAUAAAGUCUAUAAAAUGUUUAAUGCACUAAUAAAAAAAUCAUCUGAUACAAUUAUAA